CACAACACUUUAUUACACGACUAGAAUUAGCCCACUGGGUGGAGAAAUCGGAAGUCUCCACCGCAUUACCUUAACACUUACUCGUGGUCGGAAAUCUCCCCCCAGUUCCAGUUUCCUUCUCAACAAGUAAUAACCAUAACCAACUGUAAAUAUUCACACACGUGGAAAUCUCAAAUCUCAUUUCUCAAAAUGUCUUAAGAAAUCUGAAAUCCCUUCUCAAAUUUCCUUCCCAUCGUCCCUGAGCGAAACCUCCGCCGUCCGAUCUGCCGGAGAAUGGAGCCGGACGCGAGCAUCGAGACGAGCAGCAUGAUCCGUGUGGCGGUGCUUCCGAUCGGGGAGGUUCCGCCGGCGGUGAUGCGCGACUACUCAUCGAUGCUGCUCCGCCACCAGACGAUCCCUCUCUCCGCCAUCAGCAGCUUCUACACGGAGCACCAGAAGUCUCCCUUCGCCCACCAGCCAUGGGACUCCGGCAGCCUCCGCUUCAAGUUCAUCCUCGGCGGCGCUCCUCCCUCCCCCUGGGAGGACUUCCAGUCCAACCGCAAGAUCCUCGCCCUCAUCGGCCUCUGCCACUGCCCUUCCUCCCCCGAUCUCUCCUCCCUCCUCGGCCGCUUCAAUGCUGCCUCCAAGGCCUACUCCUCCGCUCUCAUCCAUCGCUGCUUCGCUUUCUCCCCCGCCGAUUCUCAGUUGGAGGAAUGGAGUAAGAAAGGGGGGAAUUUGAUGCUGUUCCCGCCGGCAGACCGCGAGACGCAGGAGCUGCACCUGCAGACGAUGAUGCAGGAAAUUGCUGCCGCGUUGCUGAUGGAGUUUGAGAAGUGGGUUCUUAAAGCCGAGUCUACUGGGACUAUUCUCAAGACGCCUUUGGAUUCCCAAUCUAGUCUCAGCUCAGAGGAGGUUAUCAAGGCCAAGAAACGAAGGCUUGGCCGCGCACAGAAGACCAUUGGGGAUUACUGUCUGUUGGCGGGAUCACCUGUUGAUGCAAAUGCACAUUAUACCACAGCCUUAGAACUUUCAAGGUUGACUGGGGAUUUUUUCUGGUUGGCCGGGGCGUUGGAGGGCAGCGUUUGUGCUUUACUGAUUGAUCGAAUGGGCCAAAGGGAUCCAGUUUUGGAAGAAGAGGUUAGAUAUCGAUACCAUAGUGUGAUCGUGCACUACCGGAAGUCCUUUAUACAAGAAAAUGCUCAAAGAGUUUCACCCAUAACCUUUGAACUCGAGGCUACUUUGAAAUUGGCGAGGUUUCUAUGCAGAAGAGAGCUGUCUAAGGAAGUAGUUGAACUUUUGACUGCUGCUGCAGACGGUGCUAAAUCUUUGAUUGAUGCCAGUGAUAGGCUGAUAUUAUAUGUGGAAAUAGCUCGUUUAUAUGGCUCUCUUGGCUACGAGAGAAAGGCUGCCUUCUUUUCAAGGCAGGUAGCUCAGUUAUAUUUGCAACAAGAAAAUAGACUGGCGGCUAUUAGUGCAAUGCAGGUUUUGGCAUUGACAACUAAAGCUUAUCGUGUUCAAAGUACAGCAUCUGUUGCCAAAAGUUCUAUUGCAAAAAAGGAAACUGGAUCAGGUUAUGCUGAUAGCACAAAAAUGCUGCACCAGUCAGUAGCGUCUCUUUUUGAGUCUCAAUGGAGCACCCUGCAGAUGGUAGUAUUGAGAGAAAUUCUGCUAUCUGCUGUCCGUGCUGGAGAUCCUCUUGCUGCCUGGAGUGCAGCUGCGCGGCUUCUUAGAUCUUAUUAUCCUUUAAUUACACCUGCUGGGCAAAAUGGUCUUGCUAGUGCACUUUUGAAUUCAGCCGAUAGGCUACCAUCAGGAACUCGCUGUGCUGAUCCUGCCUUACCUUUCAUUAGAGUCCAUUCUUUUCCUGCCCAUCCCUCACAGAUGGACAUUGUUAAGCGGAACACUGCAAGAGAAGAUUGGUGGGCAGGAUCUGCUCCUUCUGGCCCUUUUAUUUACACACCAUUCAGCAAGGGAGAGCCAAAUAAUAACAGCAAACAGGAGCUCAUUUGGGUUGUUGGAGAACCAGUUCAGGUCUUGGUAGAGUUGGCAAACCCAUGCGGCUUUGAUUUGAGGGUUGAUAGUAUAUAUCUGUCAGUGCAUUCAGGAAAUUUUGAUCCUUUUCCCGUUACUGUAAAUCUUCCACCCAAUUCAUCAAAAGUGAUCACCUUGUCAGGGAUUCCAACUUCUGUGGGGCCGGUGACAAUUCCUGGGUGCACUGUCCACUGCUUUGGUGUUAUUACAGAACACCUGUUUAGGGAUGUUGACAAUCUGCUUCUGGGAGCAACCCAAGGUCUUGUGCUUUCCGAUCCUUUUAGAUGCUGUGGGUCAGGGAAGUUGAGGAACGUAGCUGUUCCAAGUAUAUCUGUGGCACCGCGACUACCCUUGCUGGUAUCACGCAUUGUUGGUGGUGAUGGUGCAAUUAUUUUACAUGAGGGUGAAAUUCGUGAUGUAUGGAUAAGUCUAGCUAACGCAGGUACGGUUCCAGUUGAGCAGGCACAUAUUUCACUAUCAGGUAAAAACCAGGAUUCUGUUGUCUCUUUUUCGAGUGAAACCUUAAAAUCUGCCCUUCCUUUGAAACCUGGUGCGGAAGUGACAAUUCCUGUGACCUUAAAGGCUUGGAGACUUAGUUUAGUGGAUGCUGAUACUGCUGGUGGGAAGAGUUCCUCGGGAACUGUAGUGAGGCAUUCCAAGGACGGAAACAGCCCCGCAUUGUUGAUUCAUUAUUCAGGGCCUCUAACAGAUUCUAAAGACCCUCAAACAAAUGAGUCUGUUGUGCCCCCUGGCAGGCGUCUGGCUGUACCUUUGCAGAUUUGUGUCUUGCAGGGCUUGUCCCUUGUUAAGGCUCGAUUGCUUUCAAUGGAGAUUCCUGCACAUGUGGGUGAAGACCUUCCUAAAUUGGUUCAUGUGGAUAAUAGCUCUUCUGAAGGAACUAUUAGCUCUAACAAUAAGAUGGACAAAUUGGUGAAGAUUGACCCUUUCAGGGGAAGUUGGGGACUUCGGUUUCUUGAGUUAGAGUUGUCUAAUCCAACUGAUGUUGUUUUUGAUAUUAGUGUUUCUGUUCAUCUGGAGAACUCCAGCAAGGAGGAUAGUCUUUGUGUUGACCAAGAUGCUAUCGGGCAUGGUUAUCCCAAGACGAGAAUUGACAGGGAUUGCUCUGCAAGGGUACUCAUACCAUUGGAGCAUUUUAAGUUACCUAUUCUUGAUGCGUCCUUUUUUGUGAAGGAUGAUCAACCAGAUGGGGUAACCAGUGGCAGAAGUUCAAGCUUUUCCGAAAAGAAUACCAAGGCUGAACUAAAUGCUUCGAUAAAAAAUCUCAUCUCCAGAAUCAAGGUUCGGUGGCAAUCAGGUAGGAACAGCUCUGGAGAACUAAAUAUCAAGGAUGCCAUACAAGCUGCUCUCCAGACAUCUGUUAUGGAUGUAUUGCUGCCAGAUCCAUUGACAUUCGGCUUCAGGCUUCUUGGAAGCAUUUCGAAACCUGAUGACCUUGGUUCGUUUAAAAAAUCCACUACUCAAGUUCAGUCUCCUGCAUUGAAGGGUUCUGUUGUGGCACAUGACGUCACUCCUAUGGAAGUCGUGGUUCGUAAUAACACAAAGGACAGGAUCAGGAUGAGCCUUAGCAUUACGUGCAGAGAUGUAGCUGGAGAGAACUGCAUGGAAGGUGCCAAAGCAACUGUCUUAUUGGCUGGGGUUUUGAGUGGAAUCAGAAUGGAAGUUCCCCCACUUCAAGAAGUCAAGCAUUCCUUCUCGUUGAAUUUCCUCGUCCCCGGAGAGUACACACUGGUUGCUGCUGCCAUGAUCGAUGACGCUAGUGACAUCCUCAGGGCUCGUGCUAGAACCGAUUCACCUGAUGAGCCAAUUUUAUGUCGCGGGCCUCCAUAUCAUGUGCGUGUUGUUGGAACUGCUUGACUCUUUUUUUCACCUUACGGCAUCGACUGGAUUAGUUUCCAUUGGAUAUUACUAGAUUACGGGAAUGCUGCUCGAACUAGACAGCCAAUGCCAGUUUUUUUAUUUGGCAGCAGCACGAGUCAUGCAUUGCCAUUCUUAUUGAAUUUGCCAGAGAGCUCGCCCUCCAUUUUGUUCGAUUAAACCUAGUCCUGAGCAUAGUCAAUAUUGCUAGAGCGUUUAUCUAUUGUAAUAUUAGUAUAUUCUUUUGUCUUGCAAUAUUGUGUCGUAUUUAAGUUGUCGCCGGUAAA